UAGCCAUAAUAAUAAUCACUUCUCGAAAAUUUCAAAAGAAAGAAAGGUUAAUGAGUGAAAUAAAGUUUGACCGCUGUAAAAUAAUGAAAAAUUUGGGUUAGUGAGUAAUUACCCAAAUUUCAUCGAAGGUCAAUUAGUCAGUCAUUGACUCAUUCUGCUCUUUGGUCUAUACCUCGCCGGAUUCGGCAUCAUCAAAGGUAAUCCAGAAGGUAAAUUUUGUUGGGCGAAAAACGAAGGAGAUUAUCGAUGAAGGAUUAAUGGGUCUCCAUUUUGCUGUCCCGUGGCAAAGGUUGUGAAUUAUAGGUCGAGUUUGGGUUUUCAGUUUUAGUAUCAUUUGAAUUAACAUUGAAAAUCCAAACUGGACAAUAAUCUGGGGACGGAGGGGGAGUAUGAUGUUCUGGGUGAGGAUUAUUUGGACUUGAUGUCCUGAUGAGUAGCGGGCGGUUGUCGAGCAAGCUGAUGCCCAUGCCACCACCAUGUACUACUCUAUUCUUUAGAAGCGAAUGAAGCUGCUAUCAAAUUUGCUCGGGAUUUCCAGAGUUCUUCGCAUCCUGGUUAAAAAGGAGCUGCCACUGGCACUGGCGUUCUUUGCCUUCAGCAACUGCUUCCACUGUAGAACCCUGGGAGCUCUUACUUUGACAUGCAAGGAACAUUACAGAUUACCAUUCUGGUGAUAGUCAAGCAGCAGUGGAUCUUGUUUACAGUGGUAGGAUUGUUGGCCAUGUUUCUGGAGUGUACCAGGUGGUAUUUAUGGUCCCACAAAGGAAUUCUGAGAAGCAUUGCAUCCUGUGACAUGAGAAAUCAUUUGAGAACCCGAAUCGAUCUGGGUUUUCUUUCCAGAUCUUUCUGUAUCUCCCAUCAGUAGAGGUCACCAAGCAUUAAUGGCGGAACCGAGGAAAGCAGAGCUGGUAUUCAUUCCAGCUGCAGGGGUAGGCCAUUUGGUGCCAGUAGUUGAGAUUGCAAAGCUCCUCAUCACUCAAACCAAUCAUAUCUCCAUCACAAUUCUGAUCAUGACCCGACCCUCCGACACAAACAUCCUCAGCUACAAGAAAUCCUUAAGAGAAUCUUCGGAUCCUCGGAUCAAGUAUAUUGAUCUCAAACCAGAACAGAGCGAACCCAACCAACCUUUUUCCGAGUUUGUCGAUAGCCACAAGCCUCAUGCCCGGGAAGUCCUUUCUGGGAUGAUCAAUUCGGGGAUUUUUAAGCUUGGUGGCAUGGUUAUGGAUAUGUUCUGCACAAUUAUGUUUGAUGUGGCUAAUGAAUUUGGGAUUCCGUCUUAUGUGUUUUUCCCAUCUGGGGCCUCAAUGCUUGGUCUUUCGUUCCAUAUGCAAAGCUUGAGGGAUGAUCACAAUGUAGAUGUGACUGAUUUUAAGGUUUCGGACGAAAGCACUACGCUUGAUGUCCCGACUUAUAUCAAUCCUGUUCCGACCAAAGUUUUGCCAUCAAUUUUCUUGGACAAAGAAGGACGCAGCAAAAUGUUUCUGGAUCAGGUGAAGAGAUACAGGGAGGCUAAGGGGAUCAUAAUCAACACAUUCAAAGAGAUGGAAACACAUGCCAUCGAGGCUUUGAGUAAUGACAGUAAUAUUCCUCCUGUUUAUGCAAUUGGACCUUUGUUGAAUCUUAAAGGAGGGAAAGUGAAUAAGCAGCAAGAAGAAGAUGAGAGUAUUAUGAAAUGGCUGGAUGUUCAACCUGAAUCCUCCGUUGUGUUUCUCUGUUUUGGAAGUGGAGGAGCCUUUGAUGGUGAACAAGUGAACGAAAUCGCAUAUGCUCUCGAGCGUUCUGGUUACCGUUUCUUUUGGUCAUUGAGAAAACCGACUCCUUCAAACAACUUUGGUUACCCUGAGGAUUAUGAGAAUCUUGAAGAAGUAUUGCCAGAAGGAUUUUUGCAGCGCAAUUCGGAUGUUGGAAAGGUAAUUGGAUGGGCACCACAAGCUGCCAUUCUUGCACAUCCUGCAGUGGGAGGCUUUGUUUCGCAUUGUGGAUGGAAUUCUACACUUGAAAGUGUUUGGUGUGGGGUGCCGGUUGCGACUUGGCCGCUUUAUGCUGAGCAGCAGGUGAAUGCAUUUCUGUUGGUGAAGGAGUUGGAGAUGGCUGUGGAGAUUAAAAUGGAUUAUAGGAAACAUACUUGGCAAACGCUUAACUUGAAUUGCGAAGAUGUUAGCGCAGAUGUGAUUGAGAAAGGGAUUAGGGUUGUUAUGGACCCUGAUAGUGAAGUGAGAAAGAAGGUGAAGGAAAUGCAGGAAAAGAGUCAUUCUGUCCCGAAAGAGGGAGGAUCAUCUUAUUCUUCCAUGAGAUCUUUUAUUGAUGAUGUAAUGAGCAAUGUCAUAUGAGAUGAUUUUUCCAACGUUUUACCAAACAAGUUGAAAUCACUGCUGUUGAAUCUACGAAUGAGUUUCAGUCCAAUGAUUAGCCUGGAUAUAGAUAGAAAGUACAGAACAUAACAGAUGGGUAAAGACUUCAAUGAUGAGUCAUGUAGCAAAGGCUCCAAAUCAGUCACUUCCUUCAAGAAGCUUGAUCCUUCCCUGAUGCAAACUGAUGCAGUAUUAUACCUACUUCUGAAGCUCAGAUGUAAUUCUCCUAUCGGGGCUCAAGCUGCUAAUAAUUAAUUUUUUCUAUAAGAUUUGAUCUGAUUUCUUCUACAACAAAUCUUCAAUCUCAACUUUGUUAAACCGAAAUAACACCCGAAAUUUAUGCUUGUUUUGUGAAAUAACAAGAUCAUUGAAAUCAGUGUUCCGUGCUUUUUUAGCAUCUUCUAAGGAAAUUGCACAAUAAGCAGAUGAGGUCCAUGGGAAAUACAUUCGCCUGCGACAUGAAUUUGUAAAGAAGAAGCUUUUGACUUUGUCCAUGA